UUCGAACCGGUUCAAUCGAGAUGGCCUCCGACUGCGAGGCCGCCGAACACGACGGGGAAACGGAGGUCUCCUCGCCCGUCCCAUCCGACUCCUGCAGCUACACGAAGCUCUCGGACAGGGCGGACGUCUUGCCCCUGCGCAACGGCUUGUACAAUGGCAAGGUGGUGCUGAUGGCGAGCGCGGCGCUCCUGUGCUGGUCGGCAGAGUUUGACCUCGCCUCGUGCCAGCAGGAGCUGUGUUCACGUGGAGUCCAGGUCCCAAAUGAGGAGUUUAUCCAGGCAAUGUCUGGUGUCCUUCAAGAUUCCGAGAUAAUACGAUAUGCCUUCCUCGUGUCCAAGGCAUUCGGAAUUGCUAUAGCCAUGGUGCUGUUCUGUGCAUUCUGGGGAGACUUCUUCUCCUCCUUCUGGCACUUCCUACCUCAGCUCAGCUGGGUGUUCUCGCUGCUCAUUAGCCUCCUGAUAGCGGUGGUUAUAAUCGGCGCAGUCGUGUGGGUUUUCGAUAGGCGGGGCAGAGAGAUGAACAUCAACACAGACAUGCGUUUGGCUGUGCUCAACGAGAAGUUCGUGAAGUACAAGUUGGUGGCCGGCCUCACCGACUCCGUGUACAUGUGUCGCAGCAGGCUUGACCUCAAUUUUGUGUACUUUGACACCGCCGACUGUUUGGGAACGCUUGCCGAACGUUUCCAGCCAACAAGAAAUGCACAACGGCGAGAAAGUCUUGACCAUCUGAGCAUCCUGUUAGAAGAAGAGGAAGAGCCCGGGAGGCCAGCGGGUGACUCGGAAGAGGCUCCGCUGCUGCCCUCUGGUGACGGCUCGGCGCCUAAGAAAGGGAAGACCAUCACCACCGUGAGGCACUUCACACCGUGGGGCAGCCCCGAGCAAGUGGCAGAGCAGCUCCUGGUGACGUACAGCGCUGCUUACGUGAAGUUGCUGGUGAAGGGGCUUCUGUACCGUCCGCAGCUCUUCCUUCAUGCGCACGACGUGCCCUGCCUUUGCCAGUACAUCCAGCACAGGGUGCUACACUGCCCAGCAUAGCGGCGCGGCUAGACCACAAAGACGGUGCUUUGGACACAAACAAGCCAAGCAGCCAGGCGGCUGCUGUGCCUUAUAAUCUUCUGCUCCGGCUGCCUCCCUCAGGCCCGACGCUCGGUUUUGAGUUAAGCUCUUCGCUCAACGGUGCUCUGCAGGACGAUUGCGAUUAUACACAGACACGCAUGCGGCAGCUUGCGCGGGUCACGGCUUUACCCGCACGGCCAGAUGUCAAGCACAGCUUGCCGCGGAGCACUGCAGGCCACUACUGGAGGACACUACGAUAAGUGCGGCAUGGUUGCAGUAUUGUGAUGUCAGCAAGUCUGCACUCUCCAAUUUGGAGGCAGCCUUACAGCCAGAUGAUGAUGGAAGAUGGCUGUUGCUCCAGUGUCUGUUUCAUGAACUGACUUGUCACGGUAAAGGUCUGAAUUCAUGGUUUUGGAAGCGCUUCCUGUUUGAAUGGUUUUGACUUAUUUAGGUCCUUUUUACAACUUGUAACUUGUUGCAGUAAUGUUUUUAUUGAGCUGUCCGAGGUGUUUAUCGGGUCGUGCCGAGUGUUGUUAAGCGCGAUGUCUGACGUUUUGGUCCACGUGCGGGGAGCUUCUUCAGGAAGUGUACUUUCAAAUCUCCCAGCACAUGGAGCGAAACGUCUAACACCAUGCCAAACAAGCCAUGACAAAAGCUGAAAACAUCGUCAAACUACUCUGCACAACUGAAAAAACCUACGCAGUGCAUGUGUUUAUUUGAUCCCUCUGUUUAAGUUGUAGUUUUUGUGGCACUCACCUAAAUUUUACUUGUCAUUUGGCUCGUUGCUUUUAUUUAACACUUUCAGUUAUAUUUUCCCAACACAAGUUGCACAGUUUUAGUUUCUAUUUUCUCGUCUGAAUUUUGUUCGGUUCAGUUGGCGCACCCCAUUGUUAAAUGCAGUAAGUGAAAGUGUAGAGCGCUUAAUAGUACAUUUACCAACCCUUUUCUUUCCACAGCCUCACACCUACCACUCAACGCGCUGAGCCCAACCGCUAGAACGAUCACUCCAGCACCACUUUGCUGGGCUCAAUCACCCAAAAAGUGCUUUUCUAAAGAUUGGGUUUUGAUGCGAGUCACAAAGCCGUGUGAAGGUGACUCAGCGUCUUAUGUGACGUUCACACACCACAGCCUUUUACAAACAAUCGACACCUUUUGGUUGAGUGAAGCAUACGUAGGUGGGCAUGAAGUGGGCCGCAUUUUAACUACAGUUUUAAGUUAGAAUGUUGCGGCAUGUUUAAUUUAAUCGAUCCAUGGAUGUCGUCCGCACGGAGCUGGCGUUUCACUAACGGCUGGUUGACGGCUUUGUUCACACUUGUGGCAUUUCCCUUGGAGGUUUUUAUUCGCCACUAAUUCCACAUGACCUUGUGAUGCAAUGUUGUGUUUCAUUGAAGUCCAUUUCAGCCGCAAAGUUUGAAAAUUUGGUGUUGGAACACUUUAACCCAGGAAGUUAGGAAUUGAGCGGCUGGGGCCCAAGCACUUGGCUCUCUCAUUGCUGCUGUGCACGCAUUUUUACAAGUGUUGAAUUCAACCUAAUAAUAAUUUACUUUAACUAAACAAGAUGUUUCUCGGACAGUUUUACAAUAUUUAUAAUAAUCAGAGUAGCCUAUGCACCACUGCGUAUAUACCAGAUUAUGCUUUUUUCGAAAUAUGGCAGUUUUAUUUAUAUUGGUAUUGUACCCAGUGUGUGUUAUUUUUUAAGUACUGUCAUUUGCCAGCAUUUGUACAUUUUGAAUGUAACCAAAUAAGGCAUGUCUAUAAAAUACUAUACAGGGACUCCUCUACGUACAAAUGAGUUAGAUUCCAGAGGUCUGUUCGUAAGUCGAUUUGUUCUUAAGUCCAACUUUACUCCUGUCGAUUUCAAACGUGUUGUAGGGUGGGUUUAUUUGAGCUCAUCUCACUUAAAUUUUGGCUCUUCGCGGAGUGGUUUGCAUUGGCCGUUGAGACGCCUUUACUCUCAGUGCAUCUCUUUGGGGCAGUGGGACUGAAUACAGAACCCAUAUUUUGAUUCUGUUUAAAUCGAUAACUUUUUUAAGUGCGGCAUGCUCGCUGACAGGAGGUUCUGAUCCUGUUUUAAUUGAUCCUAAAUGAAAAUAAAUGUAAGAAAUGUACUUUAGUUGUUACUUGACUUUUAAAUGGCAUUGCCCCAAUGCACCCUACAGAUCACGUGUCACUUGUGCCGCUUGCAUUCAACGUUUUUUGGUGGCUGAAAUGCCUUGAGGAAAAAAAAGUGUUACCGUGCUGGAUUUUGAGCACGUAAAAAAGUGAUGUUUACUUUUAUUGAAGGUUAUCUAAUCGAGGGGCGUAAA